AUGACGCACACUAUUUGGAACGAUUUAUGCAACCAGCCCACGCUUACAGCCUCCUCUGAUAAAUAUGCACAGCUUGUCCACAAUGCAACGACACUAGUCCAUGAAGGAAUUCAAUUGAUCUUGUCGGCUUUGGAUCAGCGAGCUACCGGAUCGACAAAGUGCGCCAACUUUGAAGCUGCCCUUCACGAUGCCAAGCUCAUGCAACAGUUCUCGCCUUUUUCAGCACGUGGAUAUAUACGCGAAGCCAGCAUUUACAGUGAACAAGGAAAACAGCGACAAGCAAUCGACAUAUGCGACAAGGGGAUGAGUAUGGUCAAUACGAAGGAUACAUACUAUGAUGAUUUGAAACGAGCCAAAAUGGAUGCUGAACAACGCCAAAACACACGCAUCGACUUUGUUAGCCAACUCCCUCUCGACAUUGUGAUCACGACCCUCAUUCCCAUGCUUGUGAAGGAUUCCCUCAGGAUCCCGGAGAUGCCAAGCCCCUAUGUAUUUAUCUCCAAGACAUGGCGUGAUCGGAUUGUUGAAUGCUUUGGUGGAUUACGUUUUGAGAUUGGAUAUUUCGGGGGACAUCGUGAUAGAGAGUGUUUGGAAGUUGCCAAGUUUGCUCGAUAUACAAAAGAGUUGAAAGUAUCAAGUUAUUCCCAAGGAAGAUGGGUCGGUGACUUGCUAUCCCAGAAUGACUUUUGCAUGUUACGUAAGUUAUGCAUUGCUGAAUUCUCAAACAACCACGUGGAUCACUUUGUCUCAUGUCUUGAAUCCAUCAGCAACACAUUGACCCAUUUGAACAUCUCGUUCCAAGGAGCUGUGCUAAGCGUACCGACAAUAGUGAAGGCUUGCCCCAAUCUUGUAUCACUCUGCAUUUUUAAUACGCCAAAUGCAGGUGUCAGCUCUCUUCCCAUGAAGACAUGGCCAGCAUUAAGAACAUUAUCGCUUACAUUUUCACAGACGGCUCUCACAUGCGAUGAGAUAGUGUGGAUCUUGAGACGUUUUCCAUCGCUAAAGAGACUUGAGCUUCACCCAUGUUCCGAUAUCGAAUCAGCACUCAUCGUCUUGCGAUAUGCCCCCAGGAUUUCAAACAUCGAGCUUUUGAUGCGUGAUAAGGGCGUUCAGCUUACCUACGUUGAUGAAGGACAUGCUUGUGAAGGGAUCACACACCUUACCAUGAAGACAGAAACUGGGCAAAUAUGCAACAACACCGCCACCAUUUUAAAGCAGCAUCACGAGACCCUUGAACGGAUUGAAUGGGAUAUGGAUGAUGAGAGCGUCAACAGGGACAUUUACGACAUGCAAUUUCCACAGCUAAAGAAACUUGUUCUUAAUAAGGCCGGAUGGUGGAUACCACGCAACGCACCCUUACUCGAGGAAUUGGAGAUGACAUUGGCAACAAUCGAUCAACACCCUGCAGUACUCCUUGCUAUUCCACCCAAGUUGAAAAAGCUAGCUUUGGAUCUUAGACAAGGACUCAACGCUGCCAACAAUUCAACCAUUGAACACUAUCUUGAUCGCUUUGCUCACCAACAUCCAUUGAAGGAACUUGACAUCAAGUUCGACAGCAAGGACAACGUUGGCAAUUUGCUUGAGGCCAUCCAUCGCCACAAUCAGCUUGAAGUUUUGAAAGUAACUUUUACCGGUACUUGGUGUUCGUAUCCAAUGGACCAAUUCUUGGGUCGGCUUAUCAAGGGAUGUCCUCGUCUAGUUAACCUUGAGUUUAUAUCGAAAACGUCGCCAACAGCAAAUUCAAUAGCGCUCAUGCAGAGCCUUCAACAUUUGAAGUACUUGGCAUUCUCACUACAUGGCACGGGUGGUCGUGGCGGCUUUUGGCAUAUAAUUCCCACGUUCCUUCAGCUCAAGUAUCUUAAGAUAUAUGCUCCACGUAUAGUGAACAAGAAAAACGUCGACUAUUUCCUGAAACAACGACCCGACAUGCAGAUCAUCAUUGACAACCAUACCAUCAUCUUCUAA